AUGGAGGUGUGCAUUCGUCACGGGACGCGGUCUUCCAAGGGGGAAACGCAUCCGUUGUCGAGUCCUGAAGCGUUGAGCGCUGCGGCAACUCUCCGUGUCUAUUCCCGGCAGCUUCGUCCACUUAGUCGAACAAUUAGUAGUUGCAUCUACCAUAGAGCAGCCAAGGGCACGCUUUUCUCAUUCUAGUUGUGCGUCAUACAGCAGUGCUCAUCCGGAGUUUUGAUUCAAAAUCAUUUCCUGGCGUGCCACCAUCGCCAAUGUAAAACAUACCACUCGCACCA